AUGGCCGAAGAGCAGCCGGACGACAUUAGCAACACCACCAACACCUCCUCACAAUCCUCCACCACCCAUUCAUCUGCGUCACCCUUUCACAUUGCAGAAGGCUCCUCAGCAGAGCUUGAGAGACUUCUACCCGAUCCAGAGGAGACAGAGAAUGAGAGGAGACCUUUCGAAGACAUGAGUGUCAUUCUCUGCACAGCGGGCUACGACCAUACCGUUCGGUUUUGGGAGGCGCUCUCGGGAAUUUGUUCUCGAACAAUCCAACAUCCUGAAUCCCAGGUGAAUCGACUAUGCAUCACUCCCGACAAGAAGUACCUCGCGGCAGCUGGCCGACACAUGGUGCGUCUCUACGACAUCAAAUCGAGCAACCCGAACCCUAUUAUGCAGUUUGAAGGGCAUACAAACAAUAUCACUGGUGUUGCAUUCCACUGUGAGGGCAAGUGGAUGGUGACAAGUUCGGAAGACUGCACCGUAAGAGUUUGGGACACAAGAUCAGGUCAGAUCCAGCGCAACUACCAACACACUCAUCCUGUCAACGAUGUAGUCAUCCACCCGAAUCAAGGUGAGUUGGUCAGCUGUGACCGCGGUGGUAACAUCCGCAUCUGGGAUCUCGGCGAAAGCAAAUGCACCCAUCAACUCGUUCCUGUUGAAGAUGUCUCUAUGGCGAGCGUGAGCGUUGCUAGCGACGGCUCUCUUCUAGCAGCUGGGAAUAACCUGGGUGAUGUCUACAUCUGGCGCAUGUACCAGAACCACGACUCAACCAGUCUCCUGCCAUGCCGUGUCUUCAAAGCUCAUAAAGACUAUCUCACUCGCCUGCUCUUGUCACCGGACAUCAAGCUCCUAGCGACAUGCAGCGCCGAUCACACCGUCCGCGUUUGGAGGAUCGACAUGAACGAAGAACAUCUCGAGGCGAUUCCCCAGGCUGAAAGUCAGCCAGAUACUCUCAAUUCAACCACGAGUCAAAGCCAGCCAAAUCUCAACGGUAGCUCGGGCAGUCCGCAGUCACCAGCCAAUCCAGUCGUGCCUGGAGAUGCGUCAACGUACUAUCAAUCCCGCUCGACUGGCAGUCUCGCUUCGGCUUCGCAGUCAAUGUCGGCAUCAUCGUUCCGCGCUCUGACCGAUUUGAUCACGACUCGACGCCCCCUUCCAUGUGAUGCAGUUCUUGACAACCAUCAGCGCUGGGUCUGGGACUGCGCCUUUAGCGCCGACUCUGCUUAUCUUGUCACGGUGUGCAGUGAUCACUACGCUCGUCUUUGGGAGCUUAGCACCGCCAGCAUCAUACGUCAGUACAACGGUCAUCACCGUGGCGCCGUUUGUGUUGCUUUGAAUGAUUACUCCAACCCACCAUAGGAAGGUGAGGCAUUGGAAGAUUUGAUCUCUUUGUAAAGCGUGGGCGCAUGGCGUUCGAAGGAGAGUGAAAAAGCAGGGUCCACACGACUUGAACACGACGUGCAUUCUGAACACAGUUGGACUUUCCCAUCUUCGGCUCGAGACAGGGCGUCUCUAUGCAUUGAGCUUUGGUCAUGAACUGGAGUCAAAGCUUUGUUUGACUCCAUUUAGCUUAUAUGGUUUUGCAUCCGUGCAACUACUGAUUCGGCAUGAAGGUUACCUGGAAUGCAUUGGUGCUUGUCGAUAUUGCUGGAAUGGGCUGAACAUGUGAAGCAGCUUUACAAUGUGCUAUUAUGAAUGAUACCUAAAGAGUACCUCCUAUGUACCUAGCCGUGCUUUCCCGGAUGCACAAUCGAAAUUGGCUAGUUCUGUCAUUAACGAGCUGAUAUCAGCUCUUCUCUCACAACCAAGCUUUCUGCUGUUCCGACAACUCCAGUUCAAUUUUCCCAUUCGAAGUGGUACCGCUCCUCUCCAGCC